AAAAGAUAAGAACGAUUUUGAUUUUAUUGAAAGAGUAUCGAUGAAAUCAUGAUCCUACAUUCGAAUUAAGAGACUAAAUAGGACGCUAUAGUUUCCAAUAAUUACGGGAAUAUGCCACGCCAUGCUUAAUAGAAUUAGUAAUUUCUUUUCUUUUCUUCCCCAAUAAAUACACUACUCUUUUAGCCUUAACCUCCUUUCUUUUCUUUCUUUUAUUCCAUUCCUCUGUUCUGCGUGCUCCGCUUCUACUUUCCCCAGCAAAAAAAUCCCAAUUCCGCCACAAAAUAAAAAUAAGAAAUAAAUCAAAGAAUUGUCAUUUUUUAUGGGGAAAAAAUCGAAUCCGGCGGAGGGAGAAGAAGCGGUGCCGGAGCAUCUGCGGUGCAGCCGUACGGACGGGCGGCAAUGGCGGUGCCGGCGGCGAGUGAAGGAAAACCUAAAGCUGUGCGAGAUUCACUAUGUGCAAGCUCGGCGUCGGCAGCACAAGAAGACGCUGAAGCUGAAGAGAAAGAGGCAAAACGACGCCGUUGAGGCUCAGAUUGGGGCAAAGCGGGACCGAAAAUCGAGAGAGGCAUUGGUGAAUAGGAGGAACCAAUUGGAGCUCAUAAGGAUGGUUCUGCAGAGAGAGGUUGAGAAGAAGAAGAAGAAGGAAUCGCAAUUGAAUUUGAAUUUGAAUUUGCAUUUGUAUUCCAAUCACGAGUUGAAGAAGGAACUUCCGAAUGGUGUUAUGGCUAUUGCGUCCAAUGUGGCUUCUUCUCGUUACUUCAGGUCCAAGAAUGCUGACAGCGGCUCUGUUAGUAAGUUGCAGGUUGUGCAGUGUGGACGAAGCAUGAACAAGGGGAGGAGGAAGAAGUGUCAUUGGUGUCAGAGAAGUGAUUCUUGGAGUCUUGUAAUGUGUUCAAGCUGCCAGAGAGAGUUUUUCUGCAUGGAGUGCAUUAAACAACGGUAUUUUGAUACUCAAAAUGAGGUUAAGAUGGCAUGUCCAGUUUGUCGAGGAACUUGCACCUGUAAAGAUUGCUUGUCAAGUCAAUACGAAGACAGUGAAAGUAAGGAAUAUUUGGCUGGUAAAAACAGAGUUGAUGGGAUAUUGCAUUUUCAUUAUUUGGUCUGUAUGCUCCUUCCUGUACUAAAACAAAUAAAAGAAGACCACCAUGUAGAUGUAGAAGAAACAGCAAAAACUAAAGGCAAAAGAACUUCUGAUAUUCUCAUCAAGCCGGUUGAUUUUGUCUGCAACGAGAAAAAUUACUGCAAUUACUGCAAAACACCCAUUUUGGAUCUUCAUAGAAGCUGCCUUAGUUGUUCCUACAGUCUUUGCUUAAGUUGUUCUCAGGCAUUAAGUCAAGGAAGCACCUCUGAAGAAAUCAACUCUUCUAUAUCCAACCUACCUGACAAAAUAAAUGCAUGCAUUUCUAGUGAAAGUCACCUUUUGGAUGAUAAGGUCAUUUCUAAUGGAAAUUUAACUGAUACCUCAACAUUACUUGAGUGGACAAAUUGUAAUGGUGCUGGCAUUGUGUCAUGCCCACCUACAAAGCUUGGUGAUUGUGGUGAUAACCACCUUGAUUUGAAAUAUGUCUUUCCCUUAAGUUGGAUCAAAGAAAUGGAAGUAAAGGCAGAAGAAAUAGUUUGCAGCUAUGACUUUCCUGAAACUUCGGAUAAAAGUUCGAGCUGCUCACUGUGUGUUGACAAAGAUCAUAAAACUAGCAGAUACAAGCAGUUACCGGAAGCAGCUCAAAGAGAAGAUUCCAAUGAUAAUUACUUAUUUUAUCCUACAAUUUUGGACAUCAGUUGCAAUCAUUUUGAACACUUUCGGAAACACUGGGGAAAAGGCCAUCCUGUAGUAGUGCGAGAUGUGCUCCAAUGUACACCAAACCUUAGUUGGGAUCCAGUGGUCAUGUUCUGUACUUAUCUUGAGAGGAGCAUGACAAGAUAUGAGAAUAAUAAGGACUUACUUGAAGCUUGUUUGGACUGGUUUGAGGUGGAGAUUAACGUUAGUCAGUACUUUAUUGGGCCACUUAAAUGUCAACCUCAGAAAAAUACUUGGCAUGAGAUGUUGAAACUUAAAGGAUGGUUGUCUUCCCAACUAUUCAAAGAACAGUUUCCAGCUCAUUUUGCUGAAGUAAUUGAUGCUCUUCCGAUUCAAGAAUACAUGAAUCCCUUGUCUGGUCUUCUGAAUUUAGCUGCAAAUUUGCCACAGGGGAGUACAAAACAUGACAUAGGACCAUAUGUUUAUAUUUCAUAUGGCUGUGCUGACGAAGGAGAUGAUUUCGUGACAAAUCUCUGUUACGACUCAUAUGAUAUGGUUAAUAUUAUGGCAUAUAGCAUGGACAUUCCUCUCUCUACAGAUCAACUUGCUAAAAUAAGUAAGUUGUUGAAAAAACACAAAACUCUAUGUCAGAAGGUGUCAUCUAAAACUACUAGUGAGCAUUCAGAAGACAGGGAACAAAAUGGAAUGCAUAGUAUAGUAAAAGAAGGAACUGACUUUCUCAGGAGAGUCAAUAGAACAUCUUCCAUCUCUACUGAAGCCAAAACGAUAUCUAAUCAGAAGUUAGACACCAAUAUUUCUGAUGAUGAAGAAUGUGGUUCCGAUUCUGAAACUGAAAAGGCACAAAGCUCUUUACCUUCCCACAGGAGGGUUCUAAGCACUGAACGGUCUCCAGAUCAUAAUCCUAGAAAUCCCUUUGAAAACUCAAACAGUGAUAAAGGGAAGAAGUUUACUGAGAAUUCUGCUGCUCAUUGGGAUGUCUUUCGAAGACAAGAUGUGCCCAAGCUCUUAGAAUACCUCAAAAGACACUCUGAUGAAUUUUCUUAUACUAGUGAAUGUCAUGAGAAGAUGGUUCAUCCAAUUCUGGAUCAGAGCUUCUUUCUUGACAAUACUCACAAGAUGAGACUUAAGGAGGAGUUUAAAAUUGAACCAUGGACUUUUGAGCAACAUGUUGGAGAAGCUGUCAUCAUUCCUUCUGGAUGUCCAUACCAGAUUAGGAAUCCUAAGUGUUGUGUACAUGUGGAAUUGGAAUUUGUGUCCCCUGAGAAUGUCUCCGAGUGUAUCCAGUUGAUUGAUGAGGUCCGGCUGCUUCCUGAAGACCAUAAAGCAAAAGUAGAAAAGCUGGAGGUGAAAAAAAUGGCUCUUUAUAGCAUGAGUACAGCAAUAAAAGAAAUACGUGAGCUUACAUGCAAAACAUGAUUGCACGAGCUAAAAUAUAUUCUUAAGAUUCAUCUGAACCUCGCUCAUGUCUCAGCCUCCAUACCAUGUAUUCUUUUUGUAUAGAUUAGUUCUUAAACUCAUCAAGAUUUAGCAAGGUACUUCAAUUGGUUACUUCCAGAUUGUAUUCUUUUUGUUUUUUAUUACAUCUGUCUUACCGGAAUCUGAAAUAAAAAUUACAUGGUCUGUAUAUA